UUCUUUCACAAGGGAGGCGCUUGACUUUUUAGUGACGAAAUCCGUUGCGAAUCCAUUUCGGAAUAACGCCUUGUCUGCCGACCGAUCCCUGGGAAUGGGAGAAGUAAGCAAUCCCGCUCCGAAGUGGGGAUCCAGCUCGUAUUUUACUUUCCGCUCCAGGGCUGCGGCCGGCCGGAGAGCGCAGCGCCGAGCCGCGCGAAGCAGCCUCCCUCCCAGCGGGUCUGGCCGGGGAAGUUACGAAGUAUCCGGGGAGAGCACGUUUUAUUUGCCCCUUGCUCGGGGUCGGGGGGGUGGAUGGGUUUCUCUUUACCUUGGAGGGCUUUUUCUCCCCCCUCUCCUGUCUGCAAAUACAAGUCGGCUGGAUGAGCCAUGGAAGUUUCCUUGCUUUUCUGCAGCGGCGGAUUGCAAAGCCAUGCCUGUUAGUCUCUUCCUGAAAACGCAGCGAAACUGCUCUGUACUACACAGAGAAUGCCCUGACAAAUGUGCAGGCUUCUCCUGAAAUGAAGAACAUUUACAAGACUCCAUGAACUCUAAUUCCAGUGUCACAUCUAGAGUUUGAUAGAAAUGGCCCGGGAUGCCAGAUCUUCACGAUUAAUUAAAAAAGAGGAGAUAAGCAAAAAGAAACCGAGUCCUGCUAAAAAGAAAUCUUGCCAAGGAAUAAAAGAUGCCAAGAAACUGUCCUCAAAGAAAGAGUGUUCUACAAGCUGUAGAAAAUUAACAGAAGACCAGAACGAUGGCAAGAAAAAAUCCCAAAGACGUAAACCUCCAUUAAGUUCGCCAUGCCGAUUUCUUCGGAGCAGUGUAACCAAAGCCUUUUCUGGAACAUCUUGGAUGAAUCUGGAAUUAACUGAUAAUGUUCUCUUCCACAACCAGCCUCCUUUGAGCUACAGUGGCUUUUCCAUGACUCUUCGCAGGAAACCAUUUUCCCAUAGGCUAUUUCAAGUAUCGACAAUCACAAAAGCUAAGAAGAGUGGCCCCCAAAAAAGAGAAAAAGCCAGAUCAGGAAUUUCCUCUGCACUAGAGAGGAAAGAAGUUGAACAGACUACAAGAGCUUUUGCACGAGAUUUAAACUUGAAUAGUGAAUUACCUUCUCCCAAAGGAGACAUGGCUCCGUGUUCUCAGGAAGCAGGCUGGUCCUCUGUAGAUGAUAAUCAAGCCAAAAAGAGAGGGAUCAUGCACCCCCCCAAAAUUUCUGUUUCCAAUAAUGGUGUGACGGAUAAUUCCUGUAAUUCAGGAAUACUAGAAGAAGAACACAGAUGUGAAGAAUUCGUUUCCAGUGAGCAGACUCUGGAAAAUGUGUUUACUAAUACCUCAAAUGAAAUUUUGUCUGAGCCUCUUCUCCACCAAUUACACCUUGACUUUGACACUACUUUAAGGGUACAAGAUGAUGAAUUGGGAACAUCUGUAGAAACAUAUGCAAAGAGUAACCUGAAUUUAUCUCCUGUCCCCCCAGAACAUUUCUGUUCACACUCCUUUUCCAUGUUGAGCCUUUCCUCAGAACAAGACCUAGCAUUGCACAACAAAAGUCCAGAGACUUCUCUGGAGUCUCAUUCCAAAACUGGACAUAAUAUGGUGCUACAUCCCUGUGAAUCCGAUGCUGCCGUUUUGAUUACCUCUGAACUGAUCUCAAAAUUGCAUCUGGAAGACCCCUGUGCGCUGUCGGAACCCUUGAACAAACCAGAUGCUGAGCCUCUUAUUGCAGAAGAAAAGUAUUUGCCAUGUGCCUCUGGAUCAGAAGAUUGCUUAAAGGAACCAGACCUUGUAGGAGACCCACCUAUACCAGAGGACUUGGCGCUGGUGCCAAGCAAUGAAACACUUGAUUCUUCUUUCUACUAUAGCUGUGAGCAACCAAACGAACAGUCAGUCUGUGAACAAAUUUCUAGCAUUUCUUUGAGUAAUUUCACCUUGGAUGACAUUGAACGGACUCUUGAAAGAAUUGCUGCAGAAACAUUCACUUUAGAUUCAGCCUCUGCACCCUUUAAUCUAGAAAGAAAAACCACUAUCCCGGUCAGCAGGGAGGUGUCUGAAGAAAGUUUUUCACAAUCCCUUAAUGCAAGGCUGAACUUGGGUACAGGAGAGGGGAAAGAGCAAAGGAUAGUGCCACCUAACAACUCCAUUUCCAGGCAUUCGGAUCCCUUGCCACAGCUGGGAAGAGAUGGAAAAAUCACAAACUAUCCCCAGGACCCCAAGAAAUGUAACACCAACUCAGUGAUGGCAUCUGAGCCCUUAUCUUUUGAAUCCAUAAACGGAGGUUGCCUUGCCUCUUUGCAACCUGUGCUAGAAAAGAAAAAAAGAAGGCGCUGUGGAGUUUGUGAACCUUGCCUGCGGAAAACUAACUGUGAAGAGUGUAGCUGCUGUAGGAAACGCAAAACUAGCCACCGGAUUUGUAAAAAGAGAAAAUGUGAAGAACUGAAGAAGCCACCACCAUCCCAUCCACUCUCAAAGCAGCCUGCAGAGGUGCUAACUGAAAACAAAAGGCCUCAGAGAAGGAAGCGAAGAGUUCCCAAGGGAGAUCUAAAAAGCAAACUAGUAAAUGGCUGCAGAGCAGAGCUUGUGGAACAUAUUGCACAUGGCCAGGGUGAAAAAUACAAGUUGAAAGCAAACCACUCACUGCCCUGGGAAGAUGUGCAGACAAAUGAAAAAGGAAGUAUGGCCGGCUUAGAAACAGAAAAGUGGGUGCCGAAUGAAAAUCCGUCACUUAACAUCCACGUGAAUGGAGAUCUCUGUAAAGCUGGAACCAGGGAUGAGAACUCAACGCGUUUUGAAAAGGAUGCAAAACUGGCCUAUUCUUCCAGCAUUAUAGAUGAGGUGCCCAAAUUAUUUGCACAUACAGCUAGAAAUGGCAUUAAAAACAUACCACAUUCACCAGCAGAAUGUGACACAUCACUGAAAUCAGAUGUGAGCACACUGAAAAAAGCAGAUGUGAACACUACUGCAGAGCUGGCCAACAGCUGCAAUGACAGUAACUCCAGUGCCUCCUGGAGUGGAGCGGCUCAGCUGAACAACCUCUACCCUUUAGCAACUGGAACCUAUGGUGCUAUUCCAGAAAAGAAGGACCAUGUUGUAGGCCACCAGACAGAAAACCCAAAUGCCAUUCAGGAAGCCGAAAACUCACUUUUGCAAACCAUUUCACUUUUACAUUUGCAGGACAAGCCACCCUGUACCCCUGGGCUUGAAAAGGGUGCUUGUCUUGAUGAUGGUGCUUCAAAUAGUCCUAGUAAGGAUUCCCAACCUGAAGAUCUGCAACUUCAGUCAACUUUUUUAUCUCUGAUUAAAAAUAGAAAUUUAACUGUGGAACAAGUGGUAGCUAUUGAGGCAUUAACACGUUUGUCCGAGGUGCCUUUGGGCCCUCCUUCACCAGCCAAACCAGAGGGUUUAGAGCAGCAAACGUCGCAUUUGCUGAACAGUUACAAAAAGGAUAACCCCUGUCCCUUAAAAUCGUCUGCACUGAAAGUAAUAAAAGGGACUUGCCCGCAAAAAGAUCAGCAGCUUUUUUCCCAUCCUGCCUCUCAGAGGAGAAUCCUCCCGAAGGGUCUACUCUACAAAGCUCAAGGUGCUAUUUCUGAGUUCCCCAGUAAAUCUCCAGGUCCAUCUAACUUACUGCGUAGGUUGCAUUGCACCCCAAAAGACACCAGACCUUUCUCUGCUUUAGUGUCUGGUGGAAAUUCAGGUAUUGCCACCAAGAAAUGUCCUCUUCAUCAUAAAACUGCUCUCGGUCCAUGUUCCAAAAACUCGAGUACCGUCAGACAAUGGUGGAACAGAGGAGAGACGCUUGGCAAAUGGGAAGGAAAGGCUGUUCACAACCUGAAUUUAAAAAGUAAUUCUGUAUUUAAGGGUGGCGUUCACAGCCAAGAUGAAGAAGAGGUAGCCACCCAGCUAACUCAACUCGCAGCAAUAAUUGAAUCGAGCAGAACAAGUCCCAGUCCGAAGAUGACAACAACCCUUCUCAGUCGAUUACCAUCUGAUAUGCAAUCAAAAAAUAAGCAGGAUCAGUGCCUAUUGCAGAAGAAACAAUCUGUAUUUGGGAGGAACAAUUACAGCUCCUUGUUAGUCAAGCAAAGGCAGCCACCCCGGAAGAACGAGAAAUCGGUACCAAGGGCCAAAAGAUUGAAGAAGAAGCCUCAAGUAGUACCAGACCAACCAAGUCAGCUACAGCAAGAAUGUCAGUACGUGCCUGAAUUGCAGGACGUACAGAAAAAGCCUUCUAAACUGCGCAGACUUGGGCGCAUUGCAUCACAAGACACAAAGCUGUCAGCCUUGGGGAGAAAAUCUUCCAAAACCAAAGGACAGAAGACGCGGAAUCGGAAGGCUUUGUCAUCCCAGCAAAAAACGGCGGUGUUAUUUCUUCCCAAAACUCAAAUAAUAUUCCAUCGGCCUUUACCGGCGUCAAUACAAGACAAAAUAAGAAACAAGCCAUUGGGCUGUGAAAUGGUGCCGGAGCCCUUCAAAAUAACCGGCUCUAGCGAUGCACAAGGUGUCAGCAGCCAGAGUGGGGUCCCGGAGGCACUUCAACGUGGAGCCCCACUUUCUAGUAAUCUGCUGAGCGUUGCUCAGUUAAAAACAGACUUUUGCAUAAAACAAGGAAGUGAAAAUGGGCAGAUGUUUACAGAAAAAGACAAGAAUUCUCAGGUACAACAAACCAUGAAUAUCCCUCAGCUGCAUCCUUUUCCUCAGAUCUUCAGUCGGAGAGCUGGCGACAUCUGCGAGGAAAACCAAGCUAGACCACAGGACACUGUGGAACAAAAGGAUCAAAAUCUGCAACUGAUCCCCCGUAACAGUGAUGAUGCCCUGCCAGGGGAUACCAUGCAUACUGUUAGAAAUGUGGAGCAUGUAAGUGAAGCUACAUUUCCAACAUUAAGAACUUUAGAGACUGAAAAGCAACAGGGUACUGGGAACUUAAGGUGUUCUCCAACCAAGAAUACACUCAGUAGUUUUCUUGAAUCUCCCAUGACAUUCUUAGAUACCCCUACAAAGAAUUUAAUUGAUACACCUACAAAGAAAGGACAGAGUAAUUUUCCAACCUGUGACUGCGUGGAACAAAUUGUAGAGAAGGAUGAGGGUCCAUAUUAUACGCACCUUGGAACGGGCCCAAACAUUGCUGCAGUCAGAGAAAUAAUGGAGGACAGGUAUGGAGCAAAAGGAAGCGCUAUAAGAAUAGAGGUAGUGGUGUAUACAGGCAGAGAAGGAAAAAGUUCCCAGGGGUGUCCAAUUGCCAAGUGGGUGAUACGGAGAAGUAGUGAUGAAGAAAAACUGCUCUGCUUAGUUCGUCAGCGUGCAGGACAUCACUGCCAAACUGCUGUGAUUGUGAUACUUAUUUUGGCCUGGGAAGGGAUUCCUCACCUUCUUGCUGACACGUUGUACAAGGAACUGACGCAGAGCCUCAGAAAAUAUGGCUGCCCAACUAGCCGUAGAUGUGCAUUAAAUGAAGAUCGUACUUGUGCCUGUCAAGGUCUCGAUCCAGAGACAUGUGGAGCAUCCUUUUCAUUUGGCUGUUCUUGGAGCAUGUAUUACAAUGGCUGUAAGUUUGCCAGAAGCAAAAUCCCCAGAAAAUUUAGACUUCUCACAGAUGAUCACACCCAAGAAGAAAAUCUGGAAAACAAUUUGCAGACUUUAGCUACUGAUGUGGCUCCGUUAUAUCAGAAACUUGCCCCUGAUGCUUUCCAGAACCAGGUGGAGAAUGAGCAUCUUGGUCCUGACUGUCGUCUUGGGAUCAAAAAAGGCCGGCCUUUCUCUGGUGUGACAGCUUGCAUUGAUUUCUGUGCCCAUGCACACAAGGAUACUCACAACAUGCACAAUGGAAGCACUGUGGUUUGUACUUUAACAAAAGAAGACAACCGUACAGUAGGUGUGAUACCAAAUGACGAGCAGCUUCAUGUGUUGCCUCUUUACAAAAUAUCACAAACAGAUGAAUUUGGCACAGAAGAGGGGCUGGAAGCCAAGAUUAAAACUGGGGCAAUCCAAGUGCUAACGGCUUUCCCCCGAGAAGUGAGAAUGUUAGCUGAGCCACGUAGAGCCACCAAGAAAAAGCCAGAUGUAAAAAAGCAAAGUAUAGCUGGAAAAAAGCAUUCUGCGCCUGUAAGGGGGAAAAACGGACUGCCAGAAAACACCAAGAGAGCAUCCCAGAGUUCGGGGAGCAAACUAACUAUAGUGCAACCUGAGAGAAAAAUGGAGACAGCUGAAUACUUUUCUACCAUGACACCUAAUUUAGGCAUUACUACCGAUUGCUCUCCGUUGAAGCAACAUGCUCCAUCCUCUCCUUUAAAACUAGAUAGUUUAUCCUCUUGCUCUCCAUUAAGUGGUGGUCUAAUGCCAAUAACAAAUAGCCAAGAAGAUGUUUCUACUCCCUACGGGUAUUUACAAUGCAGUAGUAAUAAACCUCAUGUGAAAUCCAAAGGUAAUAAUAAUGUUGACAUGUCCCCUCGUGAUUAUACUGGAAUUGUGAUAGAUGAGAAGAGAAACGGUGUGCCUCUGCUUCUUCAAGACCUGACUAUGUCGAGGUUGGCAGUCAACAGAGAGAAUCUGCCCCUGACCGCUGAACACGAACUGGUUAACAAGCAAAAUUGUGAAGUUAACUUAAAGUCCUCUUCUGCCUCCCAGGUAGCUAGCUCUUGUGAGUCAAUGUUGCAACUGGACACCCCAGAAGAUGUCUCUAGCAAUGAUUCUUCCCAAGAGCACCCAGUGCAAAAGAGUGGAUUACGGCAAAGCCUAAGUUGUGAUUCUACCACUGUGGAGAACAGGUCCGGCGGCCAGCUCUUAAAACACGCCAGUUCUGAAGAAAAAGCAGAAGAAAUGUGGUCCGACAGCGAGCAUAACUUUUUGGAUAAUGACAUUGGGGGGGUAGCUGUAGCGCCAUCCCAUGGUUCUAUCUUAAUUGAAUGUGCACGGCGCGAACUGCACGCCACCACGCCUCUUAAAAAGCCCAACAGGAAUCAUCCCACGCGGAUCUCUUUAGUCUUUUACCAACACAAAAACUUAAAUGAGCCAAAACAUGGGAUAGCCCUGUGGGAGGCCAAAAUGGCAGAGAGAGCAAAAGAGAAAGAAGCUGGAAAAUCAGGAACCGAAACUACUGGUUUGCCAGCCACUGACAAGAAUGCAAAUCAGACCAAUGCAACCCAAGAGAUUUUCUACAAAGAAAGUGAAUUCAACCAAAUUCCAUCUCGCAGAGCAUUAACCGUAACUCAUGAUAAUAUUCUAACAGUGUCUACUUACGCCCUCACACGAGUUGCAGGGCCCUACAACCAUUGGGCAUAAGCUCUUAUAGCAAUGACACAACUUUUGCUUGGAGCAGUGUUAUAAUCCUAAAGGUGCUGUUAAAGAACAAAGUCUCAUAUGGUUUACUCUUUGUUCAUCUCAACCAUUUUGAAGGCUGAGGUAAAAAUUAUUUUGUUUUUAAACUGUGACUUUAUAUAUUUUAACAUCUGGUGAUUCUCAAGUGUGUGUGUGUAUAUGUGCAUGUGUAUUCACAUGCAUGCACUCGCGCACACGCAUAUUUUAAGAAAAAUUGGCUAGAUUAUUAACUGAUUGAAUUACUUGGUUUAUUACCUUUUUGGAAUUUAUACUUUGGUGCUUUGAAUUGUCUGUUUAUUAUAAAUGGGCUUUUCAUAAAGAUUUUAACUGAUUUCAACUUUUAUUAUGUAAAAUCAAGUUAAACAGUAUUAGCUAUACACAGCUCUUGGUGCUUAAUCACAUUGAACAGUUAAAAAUAAGCUGAUUUUAUUUCUUUAUGGUGCCAUUGCUCUUACAGCUUCCAAUCACUUGCUGUGGAUCCUAGCUUAAGGAGAAAGAACCAAUGAUGAUUUAUUUGUAUAUAGAUUUUUCUCAUGUAUAUAUAGUUUGUGUGUGCAUGUGUGCAUGAUCCACAUGCAAACAAAUAUCACAAAUAAUGGUUGGAGGUUAUAAAUGUAAAUAUAUAUAAAUAUAUAUUUUUAAAAGCACUUUCUAUUUUUAAAGUUAACUUGAAAUAGUAUAAGGAUCACAUCUGUCUAAGGUUUGUGCAUUCUCUACCAAGGAAUUUAUUUUUUCUUACUAUAUAAAGUUCCAUAUUGCUACACCAAUUCAUAGAUAUUGAAAAUACUUGGGUUUUAGAUUCUUCCCUUCUCUUUUUUUCCAUUGCUUUUUUUUAAAUAAAAAAGCUGAUAAAGUCCACAAAAAUUCAUUAUUUGCAAAUAUAAAUUAAGUCAUUUAUCUAUACUUGUAUUUCUAGGGUCUUUUUUAAAAAAGAGUUUAUAAUUUGAGCAAUAAGGGCAAAUGUUAUCUCAUAGGGGGCAUUCCAAGUUUUAUGGGACAAUACAAUCAGGCAUCAUCCAGGGUGUAGUUCCAUACAUCUUGAAGUCACCCUGUUAGGAAAGAAGUUUUCUAGGGCCUCAAUGUGUAAAUUGCAAUACCUUGUUAUCAUGUUGGAUUUUAAGAGAUCUGCCCUAUCAGUAGUGUAAGAAUACAUCUAAAUUUAUUAUGCAUCCAAAAUGUUCUUCAGUGGUGAGUUGCCCAUCAGCCUGAUCUAGACAGGUUUACUUGAAGCUCAAUCCCAUUGUGUUCAGUGGGCUUUCUGCCAGGUAAGUGAACAUCUGAUUAUCAUAUGCAGUUUUCUCCUCUCUUUCACCUCUGAAUAAGACACACCGAUAUUCCUAAGUGAUUAAUUCCACAACACAUGCAUAGUUCCACAUCCCACUUGGUAUUUUCAGUCAGGAAAUAAAGUCUGUAAUGGGCAUUGGUCUGUGUUGCAGACCCAUCCAGAGUACAAUGGCUGACUUCUUGGUUGCAAAAUUACUAUGUAACAUGCCAUUUCUUCUUUGUGUCAUACCCUUUUCUGAAGGGUAACCCAUGCAGCAUUACAGGCUCAAAGACUUUGAAAAUGUUUUCCAACCUGGGAACACUGUUCAGUGUUUCAGCAUGCACUUCAUGUGCCAGUUGAACUGCUAAGUGCAAUGGCUGGAUUGAUCAACCCAACUUUUUGUUUCAGUCAAGAACCAGGAAAAGCAAUUGCCAAUGGGGAUUUGCUGAAGAGAUUGAGUUGUGCGAGGUAGAGUUCCAUUUUGUAGACAGAACUUAACUAGAUUGAGGUUCCCAGCUCAAAACUAGCGGCAGAAUGAUAUCUUCUAGCAGACUUAAAAGUUGCCAACUCGCUUAACAGAUAUCACAAAGGCUUUUAUGUGGAUUACCAUGCCCGGGUUUUCCCAACAUCUUACUACCGCUUCUCGUUUCUUAGCACCUGUUACUUGGAGUGGCCACAUCCUUUGUUUAACAGGAACAACACUAAAUGAUCAAAUACUCACAGAGCUUUAAUAUUAAAUAGUGAAAAUCUCAAAGGUGAUAUAAUGACAUCUGUGUGACCAACAGUGCUUUUGUCAGUUCUGUUGAGAAGCAGAACUAUUAAAAUAGAGCUCAGGACUCUGGGCCGCUAGAAUCAAGAGAAUUUGGUAUAUUUGGAAUGAAGAAAAGGGAAGAAAUUAAGUAACAAGAUCAUAUUUUUAGACAAGUGGAUGCCAGGGAUUUUAUCAGUCUUAAAAUUAUUUCCAUGCCAUGAUCUAAAUUAUAUAAUAUUAUUGAAGCUAAAUCAGUAAGUUUAACCAGUCCCAAUUUGAUAGGGCUGUGUGUAUGGGGGAACCAGACUUUGAUUCCAAAUUAAAUUAAAUCACCUAGCAUCCAUUUGUCCUAAUGACAACAUCUUAAUUUUAAACAUUACAGGAAAAAUGUCAGGCUUUUCUUUUUUGUAUGGUGUAGUUAUUUGAAUUAGCCAAUUGUUAUCAUAUUAUGAGCCUUUGUGAGUAAACACACCCUGUAGUUUAUAUACAAGAAUGAAGCUAUUUACUAAUUAUCCAGUUUAAUCAGGGCAGUCAUGAAAUUAACUCUUAAUUUUACAUCUCUCCCUCUCCUUUUCCUGCUUCAUGAUGUACAUAAGUGCCACCAGAAUAACCAGAAAUAAAAUAUUUGUUAUAACAUACCUGAUAAUAUUUUGCAGUGGUGCUGUAACAUGUAAAUGUCUAGAUCUGCUUUUUAAAAAAACAAACAAAAUCUAGACAUGGUGCUUUUAUUAUUAAAUGUCUACUCUUGUGUAUUUAAUCUGAGAAGAUAAUUAAAAAAAUAAAGAAAUAGUUGAUACAUAUAGCUUGUCCCAGCCUUCUCCAAAGUAUUCGCUGACUGUUGGAAUGGAAGUAAAAAAAAAA